GAUAGCUCUACGCUCGGCCAUCGCUAUUCCUAUCGGGGCGCUCGUGAGAAUUCUCGGCAGUUGAAAAUUUUUCGUCGUACUCUCGUAACAACAAAGGCGAAUCCGAAAAUCCGAUACGUUUCAGAGUCGCAAAUCGCAAUCGCAGUUAAGCACUAAACGCAAGCAAAACACAGGCAAGCGCAGAAUCCCACUGAUUCUCGCACUAAGCCCAACAAAACCGGAAGGAUCUCCAUUCCACUCCACAACAACAACAGCAGCAGCAGCAGGAGCAACUAUAGCCUCAGCAGCACCAUCGUCAUCAUCGGAUGAUAACGUAACGAAGGAGCCGCAGCACUUCCAGCGUCCAGCGGACAUCGCAAACAAGUAAAUUACCAUUUCUCUCAUUUUAUCAGAACAGAAAUCUGCAAGCCAAGUACUACUACUACUACUUCUACUACCAAAUCAAAUCAAAGCAAUCCAAUCCAAUCCAAUCUAAUCGAAUCAAUGUCUAAGUAUCCAAAAUUGCAUAAGAGUCGCACUCGCAGUCGCGUAUGCGCCCGCCGGACAGAGCCUGUUCCGCUUGCAUUUCUUGCCGCCCAUCCCGCUUGGUUGGAGCUCCGGCUCCCAAAAUCCGAUUGGUGGUGUCUGGUCCGUGGGUCAAGGAGCCAGCGCCAGCCAAGUCAGGGCAGCGCAAGAAAUUUCGCUAGACUCUCGAUUAUCGAUUCUUGUUUCUGACAAGCGCCAAGCCGAACAGAACCGAAACGAACCGAACAGCAGAUCCAAAAAGAACCGAAAAACAGAAAAAGUUAACUGAAUACUGAAAGCAUACUCUGAUAUUGUGUAUACAUAGAUCAUCACUACAUCCCCAUCCGACAUGUCGGCGGCCCGCCUGCCCUACUAUCAGCAGGAUCAGGAGGACAAUCACCACCAGCAGCUGCAGCGGCGCGCCGGGCGAGGCCAUCAGCGCGGCUACCAUGACCGUGGCUCCGGCGGAUCCUCCAGGCGGGAGCGCAGCCGCUACAGUCGCAGCCUUUCGCGUUCUCGCAGUCGCAGUCGUAGCCGCUCUGCGGAGCGCUCUGGCCAGCGCCGCCGCCGCCAGGAGCAGCAGCGACAGCCGUCCCGCCACCACAGGGAUCGCGACUCCAGAGAUCGCUCAAGAGAUCGCUCCAGGGAUCGCUCCAGGGAUCGAUCCAGGGACCGCUCCAGGGAUCGCGACCGGGAGUACUCGAGGCGCUCGAGCCACUACCGCCGCUCGGAAUCGCCGGCCUCUGGCCCUGGCCACAUGUCCGGAUCCAGCAGCAACCACAACAGCCAGCGUAGGGGCAACCUGCCAUCGUCCUCCGGCAGAGCGGAGCUGAGUGCCGUACAGAAGGCAGCCGCUGCAGCUGCCGCCGCCGCUGAUCAAGUGCAAUUGGCCGGCAAGAACAUGACUGCCGCUGCCGCCGCCUCCGCAGUGGGUGCCUACUAUAACCUCGAUACCGACGAGCCCUUCGACAAGGAGCGCAUCCACCGCGAGAUGGAGCAGAAGCUGCGCGAAGCACUGGCCAGGGAGGGCAAAGUGUAUCCGCCACCUAAGCCGGAGCCGCCUUCGCAUCCCGUGUUCGCCAACGAUGGCUCGUUCAUGGAGCUGUUCAAGAAGUUGCAGGAGGGACAGAAGCAGCAGGUUGGCAAUCAGCCAAUGCAGCAGCCAGCUGUGAUGGAGGAGCUGCAGCAGCAGCAAUUGGCAUCGCCGGAGGCCUCCACAGCGCCCGCGCUGCCGGCCAUUGCUGUAGGCGCAGCCAGCAGCGCUGCCGCUCCAUACAUAGCUGCCGCGGCGGCCGGCAAGUCGGCGCCGCCUCCUCCGCUAGUGGGACGGCGACGCGGCGGAAAGGUCCUGAAGACUGGCGUUGUGGCCAAGCUGAAGACCACCAACGAGAGCGAUGUGGACCCGAAGGACUUCUGGUCGUUGUACCUGGCCGAGGUCAAUAAAUACAAGAGCAACGCCUGCGAUACGGACAACGGCAAGCGGCCGCUGGUCAAGUAGUGGCCGAAACAGUGCCCACACCUCGUAGAAACAUGUACUUGAACGCAGGCAGAGCAACAAACGUGAACUCCCCAGCUGCAAAUUCGAUUCUGAUUCGACCAAAUACCAACCAUUCUCCCGCACACUCGAGACACACACAUCCGCAUUCACUGAGAUAAAGCAAACCCAGUCCCUUUUGAAGAUUUUGUACACGAGAAAAAGCAAGCACAGAUCCGUAGCUUAUAGAUUUAUAUAGAUAUUGGAGGGCUUUCGAGCUGCAAGCGCGAGCAGUGUAAUUUGUAUUUUUUUCACACGGGUCGAGACGGACUAGAUAGACGCUGCCCAGAUCGACAUACACUUAAUAAAAUAAUCGUAGCCUUAAAUGAUAAGCCAUAAACUUAGCAGAUCCCUACGAGAUGUAUCUCUCUAUAUAUAAUAUGAUAUAUACCGCUCAUUAAGCAACCGCAAACGUGAAGAACUAA